ACGAUUAACGAUUAGUUAAGGAAGAGUCAGCUAAAUGUUGGCUUUAGAUAUUAGUUUGCAAUUCGAGGCGGUUGAGCGCUUAACUGGUUCUAAUUUGUGCGGUUCCCAAUGACUGGAAAAAUGACACUCAAGCUUCUGCAAGCAGUGACGCUUCUUUGCCUAACCAAUGAAAUCCUCUGCCUAUCCUGCAUCGAGUUGCAGCAGAAGUCGGAGAAGGAAUGCUUCACAUCGGACAUGCGAAAGAGCCACAACGGCAACUACGGACAUUGCGUGAAGACCCGGAUGAAGCGCCACCAGAGCUUCUGUGACACUGAUGGUGAAGAUGAUGAUUAUUAUUGUCGCAGCUGCAGCUGUGACUCGUGCUCUUACAACAAAUGCGAAGGCCAAUGUGAGUCCUGUUGCCAUUCCUGCUGCGCCAAUUACGUGCAGUGCCACACCAAUCACUGUUGCCACGAGCAAUGCCGCUACGAGUGCGGCACCAGCAACUGCCGCAGCAAUUGCCGCGAAUCCUGCUACCAAUCGCUGCGGCGCAACCAAACCCCAGCGAAAAUAGUCCAACCAAAUGUGGUUUAUGGGGGUGCGCCUGCUGCUGUACAGAAGCAGGACUCAUCCAUCAACAACAAUAAUAACUUGCGCAACGUAACGACCGUUAUCAAUGUGAAAAACGUGGUGAACAGUACGAAUUUCCUGAAUUUGCCGAUCAACAUGACCUCGAUCAACAGGAACAACAUCACUCUGAAGGAGCUGGAGCGUGGAGGCGGGUCCACCCAGGAUUGCUGCAUUGUUAUCGGAUUUGGGGCUGGAAAUAUGGGAUUCAACGGCUUUCAGGCGACAGGAUUACCCGUCCAGCCCACUUUGGACGGCCUUCCAGACAUGUGGAACUUCACAGCGUUGAACAGUUCAGCUGCAACUCUUGAGGCUGCCCAGCCUCAAUUGGUGGAAGAACCGCAGCAAAAUGAUAUGCCUUUUGUCUACCGUUUGUCGGAAGCCUAUAGGGGCCGGCAGGACAACGAUACCGACAUAUCGGUGGUGAACACCUAAUUUUAAGAGUUUUGCUUGAAUGUAAUUUGCCAUAAUUUUACUAACAAUUUAGCAGUGUAACAGUGCUGGAUAAAUAUACCUGAAAACACCUGAAA